CCCGAGCCGAGCCGCUGCCGGCUUGUCCUUCAUACUAGUUCCAUCUCGCAUUCACGUCGAGUUGGGCCUCGUAGUUUCUUACCUUUGCAACUUCCAUAAUCCUAUUUCUCUACCUGGCCGUGUGCCUUACUGACGCGGACUCUUCUGCUGUGCUAUCUCCUGAUCAAACGUUCUAUAUUCAUCGUCACUCGAGGUACUGCUCUGUUUCCCUCCACCCUCCCCUUUGCAACUUGAACCAUGGCGGGCAACGGACCGGGCAUGCUCUACGUUACCAUGCAGCCCCGCGAGGGGCUAUCGCUGGACCAGUUCCAUGAGUGGUACAACAACGAGCAUGGCCCGACACGCCUGCGCCUCCCGCACAUCUUCACCAACGGUCUGCGGUAUCGCGCCACCGACGGCCAGCAGCCGCAUUUCCUGGCCGUUUACGACGUGACAUCGAUGGCGCACCUCGAGACACCCAUCUACACGGAUUUGCGCGCAAACCGGUCUCAGCGCGAGGCAGCCACCAUUGGCCAGGUCGAUGUCGACCGCAAGUUCUUGGACCUCGUGGCCACGCAGCAGAGCCCCUUGUUUACGCCCAUCGAGCAGCUAACUGACGACGAAGCAGAGGGGCUCGUGCUCGUCUCGGUCGAGGUCUCGCUCAGGCCGGGCGUCGAGGGCGCCGAGGCCGCCGUCGCCCGGUGGUACCAAGAGGAACACAUUCCCAUGCUCUCCAGGAUCCCGGGAUGGCUGCGCAGCCGGGUUUUUCGCACCCCUUCGGUCAUCGAAGGUCCGCCCGGCGAAGUCAGGAUUGCCACGCUGCACGAGUACGCCAAGGAGAACGGCCUUGGCGGCCCCGAGCACAAGGCGGCCAUGAGCACCGCUUGGCGCGAACAAGUCUUCACCCACUACAUUGCCCACAAGACCCGCCGCACAUAUGAGUUGUUUUACGUCUUUGGCCCCGCGCCGAGAGAGCUUCAUGCCCUCUCGCGGCUGCCGCCGACCGCCGCCUUCGCGACCGCGGACGGCAAGAUCUCGACGACGCCCGGCGAGAAGGACGCGGCGAUCGACGCCUUCGUCACGACGACGGACGGCCUGACCAUCCCCUACCGGCUGGAAGGCAAUCCCUCGCCGGAGGCGCCGACAGUGGCCUUCUCCAACUCGCUGCUCACAUCGAUGCAUAUGUGGGACCCCUUGGUCGCCAUCCUCAAGGCUGCGCGCCCCGACCUACGCAUUCUUCGCUACGAUACCCGCGGCCGGCACGACGUGCCCUCCCCGCCAGUUCCCGCCAACCUCGACAUGCUGAGCGACGACCUGGCCGCGCUUCUCCGGGCGCUCCGCAUCCCCAAACUGCACGCUCUCAUCGGCGUCUCGAUGGGCGGUGCGACCACGCUCAAGUUUGCGCUCAAGUACCCGGCUCUCCUGGACAGGUUCAUCGCCUGCGACUUCAACGUUGCCUCCAGCGACAAGAACACGACCGCCUGGAAGGAGCGUAUUGCCGUGGCCGAGGGUCCCGACGGCGGGAUCCGGAAGCUGGCCGGUCAAACGGUCGAGCGCUGGUUCCACCCGCACACCAUGACGGCCAAGAAGGACGUCGCCAACUGGAUGACGGAUAUGGUUGCUGCCAACAGCGUCCAGGGAUUCCGCUAUUCUUGCCAGGCGUUGUGGGAUUAUGACCUGCGCGAGGAGAUGAGAGGGGCCAAAGUUCCGGGCCUCUUGGUUGUCGGUGAAGGAGACGGCAAGGGGGCGCUUGUGAAGGCCAUGGAAGGGUUCAAGGACUUGCUUGGGCCUUCCGGGGCGGAGCUGAAGAUUGUUCCCCAAGCAGGGCAUCUUCCCAUGUCGGAAUCGCCCAGCGAGUUUUGGAACGAGAUUGCUGGUUUCCUCUAAUGAAGGUUCGGCAAAUCAUCAGCAAAUUAAUCAAAAAAGGCACAUGCAAAUGGGUUGUUGUUAGCCCUAAAUAGCUCUCCCUCCUUGAGUCUCUUGGCUUGGCUACAUCGAUUCGUCUCUCUGGUUUCCGCCUCGCUUUAAGUAUGUCUUCAAACAGAAGGCUUCUCACUGAACAAGGCCUGCUUGUCUUCAUCCUGCACCGGUGGCGCAACCGCAAUCUCUCCGCGCAUAAUCUCAAUCGCCG